CACGAAGAUGCCCUCCUGGCUGAUAUGAUGUAUUGGGCGCCUACCUCGACGCGUCUUCAACGGAAUUGUGGGUGCAGAGAAUCCUUUACCACCACCGAGUGCCGGUGUCAUGACAUCGCACGCGUCGAAGCGGUCGGCGACAGGCCAACACCCGCUUCUUCCAGCCCAAGGGCAACGCACGACUCAAAUUUAUAUCCCUCUGGUGCCGGAUAGAACCUUUGUGACAUGGACGUUUGGGAAGGAUACAGUGAUAUGGAGGAUAUGGCCAGCGGUUCUGUUGCAUACGGGUUUCGCUGCAGUCGUGGUGACUAUGUCGAUGAGGAGCUCUAUAUCCCUUGAGGUGCCUCCUGUUUUGUUAACCGUUCUUGGUAUGGUCAUCGGUUUCGUGAUUUCGUACCGCGCUUCCAGCGGCUAUGAUCGUUAUUGGAUGGGUCGUUCGUACUGGGCAGACGCGAUUCGCAACGUCCGAACGCUCGCAAGGCUGAUAUGGUAUCACGUCCCUCCUCGAAUGACGGCCAAGACACAGGAAGAAAUCGAUAGUGGGGUGAUGAAAAGAGGUGAAGAGGAGAUGAGAAGGGUCAUGGCGGAGAAGCGCCUUGCGCUGGAACUUCUUCAAGGCUUCGUUGUGGCUAUGAAACAUCAUUUACGAGGGGAAAUGGGUAUCUACUACGAGGAUUUCUACCACCUCGUCAGGCCUCUGCAUGACCACCCGCACCACCGCAACGAACCCAAGGAGCCACCUGAAGAACGCCAGGGGCCGCCAGAAAGCCUCCAUCCAUCCGUUCACAUCGUCCACCGCCCUUCCGCUUCAUCGUCCAAGAGGCGAAAUUCCAGCUCGAACCAAGACGUUCUGAUCAGCCCAGUGGUUCCGCCCAUCAACGCUUACGGCACUUUUGAUCCUGCCCACCCGCCGUACCUCGCGCACCGGGCGUCUUCCAGUGCGUCUGACCGUAGCGAAGACUCUGAUAACCCGAACAGACCGCUGUUACCCGGCGCAAUGCCCCGCGAGCACGGGUUUGUCAGCAAGAUUUCCGGAGACCUCAUUCCUUUUGAGAGCGUGUUCAGCACCGCUGUGGGGUGGGUUCGGCGCCUAUUUGGGAAGAAGGAAAAGGAUGUGCUCCCAUCUGCGAAUAAUGAGACAGGCGAGGAAGGAGGUGUGGAGAGGAAAUAUGGAGAACCUAAGCAGCAAUCGUACUUGACGCAUGUCAAGCACCGCCCUCGUGUGGCUGGUGGAGGCGAGAAUUUGCCGCUAGAGCUUCUGUGGUGCCUGAGUGAAUGGUUUUCUGUCUUGGAAGACAGAGGUACUGUCCCUGGGACUAGUUUGGGUGCUAUGAUUGCAUAUGUUGCGAAUUUAGAAGACAGUCUUACAGGUCUCGAGAAGAUAUUGACGACGCCGCUACCAUUCGUGUUCUCCGCGCAUAUCAGGCACACGGUCUGGAUAUACCUGUUCUUCUUACCGUUCCAGCUUCUCCAGCAAUUUGGCUGGUACACUAUACCAGGUGUUAUGAUCGCGGCCUUCAUCUACCUCGGUUUCUUGGCUGCAGGAGAGGAGAUUGAACAGCCAUUCGGUUAUGAUGAGAAUGACCUGGAUCUGGACUUAUUUUGCAAGGAUAUCGUGGACGUCGAGAUGAGGAGACUCCUGAAGAAGCCCGCGCCAAACGUCUACUCCGGGUCUCACCACACGGGGGGGACCGUGGUCGAGAAUGUCAAGAAAGAGCAGAAGCAAGCGAUAAACGUGUUCGGUCCCAUCGACGGUGAAGAGUAUUGAAUAUAGCAAUGACAGGAGGUAAUCGGAGACUAGGAUGCAAAAGGAAUUGUUAAUUUAGCGGAUAUCUCUAUCAUUAUUACUGGACAUCUUCUAUCUGAAUGUCUUUGGCGCAGGA